CUUCACCCCUUCCCUAUCAGCCUCCCUGUCUGCUGUCCCUCUCUCUCACCCUUCUAUCUAUCCCUUCCUCUCUAUCAGCCUCCCUGUCCCUGCUCCCCCACACUGUCCUAAUGAUGGUAACGUUGGAGGAAGGAGAUGAUGUGAUGAAAAUUUCAAGUUUACAUCUAGACAGAAGAGGAACCCAAGAAAUGGAUGAAUGGGAGGCUUUAUAGCUGGAACAUCAAAACAUGACAACCUGUACAUUCACAUCCAUGCAUCCCUUUGAAUGAAAUGGAAGUGGGACCAGAAAGAGGAACAGGACCAUGGGAAGUUCACUUUGGAUCUCUUGAGGUUACUGAAACUAGUCCAGUCUGCAUAUGAAGGGAUGUGGUUCAAGAUCAGGCCCAGUUCAUUGUUGAAGGAAUUUCAGGAUGGGAGCAGUGACUAGCCGACCUGAUGAAAGAUGUCCAAAGCAAUGGAGAAUGCCACCCCUGAACCAGUUUACGUCGAUGUGGACAAAGGAUUGACGUUGGCUUGCUUUGUCUUCCUGUGCCUCUUCCUAAUUGUAAUGAUUAUUCGAUGUGCUAAGGUGAUAAUGGACCCGUACAGUGCCAUCCCUACAUCCACUUGGGAGGAGCAGCAUCUAGAUGAUUGAUCAUGAUGUGGGAGCUGAGGGAAGCCACGUGCAGCCAGGAAGGAAUCCUGCGAAGUGGGAUCCAUUGGAGAGAACUCAAGCAAUCACAAUUACCAAGCCUAAUAUUAGAAUUCUGUGGAAGUGUUUACUGAAAAUUGCAUGUGAAUAAGUGCCUCACUAAAAUAUUGUGUUUGUCUCAAAUGACCUUUGUGUUAAUAUUGUACAAUGCACUGAAUCAAUAGAACCGUACUGUAUAUCUGGCACACAUCGUCUGUUGUCUUAGGGUAGCAUAGGAUAAACACGUCAAUUAUCUGCUAUUGAAUAUCAAAAUAACAUAAUGAAGUUUUGGCCUAUGCCUGCUAAAUUCUAUGGUACAAGAUUCUUAUUUAUUUUCUAUAAGCAAUAUCUAGCUAGUAAAGACGUUAGUUUGGAAUGCUUUGUAGCAAUUGUGCUUACCUUGAUUCAGGUAAGGUGAGGGAGUGUGGAAUGUCACCUUGUCGUGGUGGAGAAGCUUGUGCGGACCUGAGAUCCUGAGAGCGAUGCCGUCUGGAGCUAUGCUCCUGGUAGGACCACCCAUGGCGGCAAGGUCGAGGGGAGAGAUCUCUGACAAAGAGCAAUCCAGCCAAGACCUCAAUGGUGGAACAGGCGGAGGACGAUGGCUGACCUU